CAUGGCUCCUGAUCCCUCCAACAGCAGCUCCUCCUCUUUCACCCUUGUGGGUGUCCCCCUCCUGGAAGCGUUCUCCUCCGGCCUGGGCACCCUUUUCUGCUCAGCCUAUACCAUCGCCUUGCUAGGAAACGGAGCGGUGCUGCUGGUCAUUGGGCUGGACAAGUCCCUGCGGGAGCCCGUCCACUGCCUCCUGGCCAUGCUGGCCGUGGUCGACGUGGUGAUGGUGACGUCCGUCGUGCCCAAGAUGCUGAGCGUGCUCUGGCUCAACUCCACCGAGAUCGGUGGCACGGCCUGUUUUGUGCAGAUGUUCCUUGUUCACUCCACCACGUCGGAGGAGUCGGGAGUGCUCCUGGCCAUGGCUGUGGACCGCUACGUGGCAAUCUGUCACCCCCUCAGGUACCGAGCCAUCCUGAGCCACCAAACCAUUGCCCGCAUAGGCCUGGCUAUUGUGCUUAGGUCCCAGCUUUUCAUGCUCCCCUUGACAUGGAUGGUGACCAACCUCCCCUAUUGCCAUUCCCGUGUAAUUCCCCAUUCCUAUUGUGAGCACAUGGCCGUGGCCAAGCUGGCGUGUGCAGACCCCAGACCCUGCGAGCUUUACAGUGUGGUUGGGUCCUCUCUCAUAGUGGGGAUGGAUGUGGCUCUCAUUGCUGCUUCCUAUGGGAUGGUCCUUAACACUGUCCUGGAGAAGCAAUCGUGCUGGAAGGCGCUGAGCACCUGUGGGUGCCACAUCUGUGUCUUGCUGCUCUAUUACAUCCCUGGCAUAACCUCCAUCUACGUGCAGCAUUUCGGCAGCACCAUGUCCGUGCCUGCACAGGUUCUGCUUGGUGAUCUCUACCUCACCCUCCCCACCAUGCUCAACCCCAUCAUUUACAGCAUGAGGACCAAGCAGAUCCGUGGGGCUCUGCUCAAAAUGCUCUUUUCCAGGAAGGUUCGGGCCUGACGCAGGGUCAGUGCUUUCCCAGGUGUUUCCGUCCCUGCAGAGACAGCACCAAAAUUCCCAUUAAGUGCACAUGGUGAACAGAAGCAAUGAGAGGAGGAGGGAGAACCUCCAUAAGCACAUGAGGCCCCAAUCUGUGAUGGGAGUUAUGUGGGACUGGGAGCAUGAGCAAACAUGAGCUCCUAUUUCCCUUCCCUCUUCCCAGGUGAUUCAGAGAAGUGAGAGCCACCUUUGAGUUUUGAGAUGUUCCUGAUGCCAUCAACACCCCUGUGAUUAUUUAAAUGACAUUUCAGGGCCUCAG